AUGUCAGUAGAAAAGAAUAUCGAAGAAAACAUCCAACUUAUUAGUAAUAAUGUAUUUGAAUCAAAAUUUGGAGUUUUUAAGAUAUUGGAUUAUGAUUUAAAUUUAGAUGAAAGAAAGAUGAAAUUUAAGAAAUAUGACCAUGUCAUAUGUGAAGAUUGUAAUCGUGAAAUUGAAAAGUUUAAUUUUACGUGUUACAAUUGUUAUAAUAAGGAAACCGAUCGUAAUGAACAAAAUCGUAUGAAUUUUGGAAUAUGUAAAUUUUGUUUUAAAUCAAAUAAUUCUUAUAUUUGUUCAGCUUGUAAAAUUUUUGAGACAUCAGAUUAUGAUUUAAAUUAUGUAGGAAAAAAAGCAAAGUAUGAGGAUUAUGAUUACAUUUUUUGUGAAAAAUGUAAUAAAGAAAUUGAUAAACAAAAUUAUUAUUGUACAGAUUGUUAUAGUAAAGAAACUAAUAUUAAUAAAAAAAGUGGUAUGAAGUAUGGACUAAAAUAUGGAAUUUUUAGUACAUUAGAUUAUAAUUUAAACUUAGAAGAAAGAAAAGCAAAAUAUAAAGAUUUUGACAGAAUUCUAUGUGACAAAUGUAAUAAUAGAAUUAAAAAACUCAAUUAUUAUUGUUCAUAUUGUUACAAUAAAGAAACUAAUAUCAUUAGAAAAGAUCUUAUGAAAUAUGGAUCAAAUUUUGGAAUUUUUAGAACAUCAGAUUAUAACUUAAGUUUGAAAGAAAGAAGAGUAAAAUACAAGGAUUAUGAUUGCAUUCUAUGUGAAAAAUGUAAAAAAGAAACAGAUAAUAAUGAUUAUUAUUGCAUUAAUUGUUACAUUGGUGAAACUGAUAUUAUUAAAAAAGGUUUUGUGAAAUAUGGAUCAAAUUUUAAAAUUUUUAGCACGUUGGAUUAUAAUUUAAAUUUAGAAGAAAGAAGAGCAAAAUAUAAGGAAUUUGAUGGUAUUUUAUGUGAAAAAUGUAAUAAUGAAGUUAGCAAACAACAUCUUUAUUGCACUUAUUGCUAUAACAAUAAAGAAACUGAUAUUAAUAAAAAAUGUUUUAUGAAAUGCGGACCAAAUUUUAGAAUUUUUAGCACGUUAGAUUAUCAUUUAAAUUUAGAAGAAAGAAAAGCAAAAUAUAAGGAAUAUGAUCAUAUUUUAUGUGAAAAGUGUAUUAAGGAAAUCGAUAGGCAAUGUUACUAUAAUUGUCAACAUUGUUAUAAUAAUCAGAUGAUAAAUGAUAAAUGCAAAGUAUGUUUUAUAGGAAAAAUUAAUAAUUGUUGUUCAUUUUAUGAGUUUCAACAAUUUCUUGAAGAUUUUAAUAAAUGGAUUAUUGAAAAUAAGUUUAUUGACGAUUAUUUAAUUAAAGAACAAAAGGGUGAAACUUCAGAUUACGAUUUAUUUGAAGAUGAUAGACGAGUAAAAUACAAAGACUGUGAUUACAUUAUAUGUGAGAAGUGUAAUAAUAAGUAUCAUUAUAAUUAUUGCUAUAAGUGUUUUGAUAAAGAAAUAAGAGAAUUAAAAGAAUUAUCAUCUAAAUUAAAGGGUUAUAAAUAUUUUUAUUCUAAAAUAUACAAUAAAGAAACAAAAGAAUUAAGAAAAUUAAAAGAGUUGCAAUUGAUUUUAAAGGAUUACAAUAAUGUUUAUUUUAAAUUAAAUGGUAAUUUGGGAAUAUUUAAACAAAUUAUACAACAAUUCGAAACCACAAAAUAUUAUAUAGAUAAUAAGAAAAUUCUUAUAAAUAAUAUAAGAUAUAAUGGAAUAAAUAAUUGUUGGCGUAAACUUCGUUCUUAUUGUGAUUGUUAUGAUAAGGAAAUUGAUAUUAAUGAAAAGAGACGUAUGGAAUUUGGAAGAUGUAAAGAAUGUUUUAAGAUACAUGAGGAUUUGGAUGGUUGUUUAUCUUGUAAUUCUAAAUGCUUUCAGAGAGAUUUUGAUAAGUGGACCAGUGGAAAUGGAAUUAUUGAUAAGUUAAUACGAGAGAAUCAACUUUCAGUUAGAAGACAAGGAUUAUUAGAAUGGGUUCCAUAUGAUAAAUUUACAAAUGUAAAUUAUAUUGCCAAAGGAGGUUUUGCAAAAGUAUAUUCAGCUAUAUGGUUAGAUGGACAAAUUAGAAAAUGGAGUCAAUUGUCUAACAGUUGGAAAAGAAAUGGAUCAACAACAAUCGCUUUAAAAGUAUUGAAUAAUUCAGAAAAUAUAAGUGAAGAUUUUUUAAAUGAGAUAAAAUUUUUUAACGAAGUUAGUGGUUAUAUGUGUAUAAUUAAAUGUUUUGGAAUUACUCAAGAUCCUAUUACUAACAAUUAUACGUUAGUAUUACAACUAGGGUAA